AUUUAGUACCAAUCAUGGACAAGGAAGAAGAGACUAAGAAUGAGGAUAUUGAUGAGGAAAAGAAUGAAUGGGUUAGCCCAGCCCCUGAAACAGGUGAAGGCUUCUAUGAAGGAGAUCAAUCAGAACGCAACCUUAAGAGUCAGCUUGACUGGGAAGAUGUAAUUGGAUUCGUAGAAAAACAGAAGAGGAAAUAAUGAUAUGCUUGAGAUUGAUCAGCGAAUUGACCAAGAUACCAAAGGAACAAAAGCAGCUAUCUUAGAAGAAAGACUUAAAAUUCAAGAAGAAAUUAAUCUUAAGCUAGUAGCUAGAAUUAAAUUACUUGAAUAUGCAUUACAACAGAUGAGCUCAAAAAGAAACUCCGGGAGACCAGAUCUAGCUGAAGUCCCUUCAGCGUACAACGAUCAUCUUGGAAUUAGACGAGAGAAGCCCCACAAAUCAAAUAUUAUGCAAUUCCUUGAAGAACUGGGCUAUGAAGAUAUAUUUAACUCACAAGAGGCGAAAGAAAUAAAAACAAUGUUUUCUAAAAAUCCUCAGAAUAUGUCUAAAAAUGAAGCAAUGCUAGAUGCCAUCCAUAAAUUUGAUGCCGAUUACGAUGAUGAGAUCAAAGAAAAUCUUGAUGAGGCACAGAGCCAAAAUGGAAGUAAUGGAGAGGAGCAGAAGGAAGAACAAGUUAGUGAUGACAGAGAGAUGGGUAUAAGAACUAAAGAUUUUAUGAGAUUCAGAGAUCAUGAUACAUACUCCCUCAAAGGGCAUCUUGACACAGUCAGGGAUGGAGCGUUUGUCCCACAUUUAGACCAAGCUAUCACUGUCUCAGAAGAUUGUACUAUCAGACUCUGGGAUCUCGGCAAUAUUGAUAAAGAAAGUUACAAACAUUAUGAUAAUUUUGAGCAUAAUUAUUUUAGUGAUGGGUCUGAAUUUGCAGGAGACUCAUCAAGCUUUUACUCAUACUGAACUCUUAGAGGCCAUCCAGGCAUAGUUACAAAAAUUGAAGUUGAUAGAAUUCAAAUUGCACAAGAGCAUAAAAAUCCUCUGUUUUAUACAGCAGGUGUUGAAGGCAUUAUCAGAGCUUGGAGAGUGCCAAAGCCUGAAGAUAUAAAACAAUUUGAAAAUGAGGCUGAAUGUACUGCUAAACUCUGUCAAUAUGUAUGGGAAGCUCAUUCAGGAGAGAUAAUAUGGGACUUGAAAUAUCAUAAUACAGAACCUCUUCUUCUCUCCACAUCUGCUGAUGGAAUAAUCUCCUUAUGGAAUCUUGCUGAUUAUAAGAAGUUUGAAAAAUUAGCUUCAGAAGGAUCUAAGAUCGAAAAUAAGAUCCAUUCCCAAAGCUUUACUCUAAAAGUGAAUGGAUCUGAAGUAACUCCAACAUGUCUUGAUUGGUGAAAAAUGAGCGCCAGCUCAUUUAUAGCUUGAUCCAAUAACGAUAUUGCAGGAGCAUUUGACUACCACAAAAGUGAUCCUGUCUUCACUUUCGAAUGUAACGAACCAAGAACUGGUGAUCCCUCUUUAAGACAAGUUAACUGCGUGGAAUGCCACCCAACCAUGAAUAUAGCUAUUACUGGAGCUGAGGAUGGAAAUAUUGGAAUAUUUGACCUUGAAGCAAAAGGAAAAUGCUUGAGGAUGACAGAAAAUGCCCAUACAAGUCCUAUCAGCAGCAUUGCUAUCAACCCUAAUGGAAUAAAUUAUGUUAGUUCUAGCCAUGAUGGAACAAUUAGGUUCUGGGAUAUAAGAAUGCAACAGUUGCAUCUGAGCUCCUCAAACAUGCCAAUCUCUACUUCUAAUGGCACUAAGAUGUAUGGUGAAAUAGCCUCUUGCCAUGACAAAAAGUUUGGAGAAAGCAUCUGAUCCCUUAAAAUGCACAGCACUUUGCCAAUCUUGAUGUCGUGAGGAGCAGAUAGUAAUGUAAAAUUACAUAUCGAUAUAAACAUGUAA